AUGGGUCUGCCCCCCGACCCACGCUACCUCUGUGGCUCUACCCCCCCGACCCACACUACCCCCAUGGGUCUACCCCCGACCCACACUACCCCCGUGGGUCUACCCCCGACCCACACUACCCCCGUGGGUCUACCCCCGACCCACACUACCCCCGUGGGUCUACCCCCGACCCACACUACCCCCGUGGGUCUACCCCCGACCCACACUACCCCCGUGGGUCUACCCCCGACCCACACUACCCCCGUGGGUCUACCCCCGACCCACGCUACCCCCGUGGGUCUACCCCCGACCCACACUACCCCCCGCCAUGUUGGGGAAGCCCUGCUGGAGGUGGCGCCAGUGGUGGAGGCCUCGACAACACGCUGUGUUGGAGACCCCGCCGAACGCCCGCCGCCGGGAAUCUCUCCACCACCGUCCGAUGGCCUUCUCCACCAUCAGCUGUCGUUGCUCCAACACCGAAUUCUUCACCACCUUCCCCAUCACCUACAAAAUCCUCAACAGCCCCUCGACGCUAUCCGAUCUCUCCAACACCAGGUUCCCUCUCUCCCUCAAAGGUCUUCCCCAGCACUCACCCGCACCAACUCAAGCCCCCAGCACCCAGACCCCUUUCUCCCUCACUCCACCACGCCAACCCUCUUCUCGAUGAGCACAAAACAGAAAAAAAGGGGAAAGGCGGACGAUGAAGAUGCAAAACAAGGAAGGAAAUUAACCGGAAACGCAAAGAAGAGGGUGGAGGACAAAGAUAACGAAGGAAGGAAUAGCGUAGAUCAAGAUAAAGCUUCAGAGUUAAGGAGAAAGGGGACGAAUAGCACAGAAAAGAGAAGCGAAAGAGGAAUCAGGGGUAAAGGAGCCAGGAGGACUGACCGUGAGAAAGGUAACGAAAGGAAGGAGCUAAGGAAGAGGAAGAGAAACGCAAGACCAAACAAAAACGGAGAUGAAAUAACGAAAGAGGACAGACUAAGCGCAGGAUAUAAGAAGAGACGGAAGAGGAUCGAGAAUAAAGCUGGGAAGAAGAGCAACGUAAAGAGAAAUGGACAGAAAGAUGAAACGGAACAAGCAAACCCACAAGAGACAGAAAAUAACGGAAGCAAAGAAAAGCGCCACAGAAAAUCACAGAGACCGACGGAUAACGCGGCGAGAGAAAGCAGUAAUAACGAAGAAGAGAGACAGAGACCAAGAGAGACAGGGAAGAGCAGCCUGUCUGUCUCUGUCCGUCUGAGACAGACACCAACCUUCAGACCAAAGACGGACCCAAGAGGCACCGAGAAUAAACAAGGAAAUAAAGAAUACGACAUAGAGGGACUUCGUGAUCUCCUUACCAACAGGAAACGAAAGGGGGAGAUGGAAGAAGGAAAAAUAACAAAUGACCCAAAAUUCAUAACAAAGGAAAAUAACAAGACAAAUGAAGAAAAGGCAGUAAAGCAAACUCGUGAAGGUGUCCAGAAACACGUAAACAAAGACAAAAGUGGAAAAAGCGAAAAACAGGAAAAGAACGAGGAGAAUAAGCAACACGCCGAGAACAUUCAACACGACGAGGGUGAUAAAGCCGCCGUGAAAACAAGAACAGGUAAACUCGGCAAUAAAGAGGACGCAAGAAAACCGGCGAUAACCACCGGACCGCUCGAACCUCAAAUGCAGAAAAGGAGAAAGAAAAACGACGAUAAACCCCAGGAGGAAGAGGAGGAGGAAGAGGAGGAGGAAGAGGAGGAGGAAGAGGAGGAGGAAGAGGAGGAGGAAGAUACAGACACGCAGAGAAUUAAGAAUGAAAAGAAUAACGCAAAUAGCCACAAAUCGUUCCGUGAAAUUACGAAAAGAGAAGAAGCCAAGAGGAAGAUGAAGGGUUAUAGAGAGAAUGUGACACAGACAACCAAUAACGAGGAACUGGGGAGAAACAGUGAUAACGCAGAGGAAGCCACAAAAGACGAUAUCACACACACAGAAACGGAUAGCAAGAAUACCAAAGGAAGGAAUAGCAAAAAACACAACAGAAUUCCAAAUGCAAAUAUUCCACUGAACGAAGGGAAAGGCGAGAGGGAGAAGAAACAAAACAAUAAGGAAACUCAAAGCGAAAAGGAAACGAGAGAGAUGAAUGAAAAAGAAAUGAGCGAGAGUCCGUAUGAAAAUGAAAAGAAGAUGAAAGACAUUAACAGUAAGAAUGACAAGAAAAUGGAGAACAUCGAGACAAAUGAAGAGACGGAGAAGAAGAAUGGAGAGAGCCAAACAGAGAUUAAGAAUGACACGAAGAAUGAAGAAGCAAAUAGGAAUAACGAGGAAAGGGAGAAGAAAGGCAAGGAUACGAAGAAGAAUAAGAAGAUAGAAAUACAUAAUACUGGAAACGAUAAUUGGAACAAGAGAAAGGACAAACAGAAAGAAAAAACAAGUGCCAAAGAUAAAAAAGGAAUAGAGAAAACAAACUACGAAAUAAACAAAGAAAGUGGCCUAAAGAAGGGGCAAAAUAAUCAAGAGGAGGACAAGGCACAAGAAGAGGUCAAAAACAAUGACAAAUCACGAGAAGAAAGAGGGAGAGAGGAUCAGGAUAAGGACAAAGCAAAUGAAGGAGAAAUAGGAAGAGGCAAGAAACAAGAAAAUCAAAACAAGAAGAGGAUUGAAAGGGGUCACGGAAAACAUAACUGGAAUAGGAAGAAGCAGGGAGUUGAAAAGGAGGCAAGAGAAGACAAGAAAGGGGAAAGCGGGAUAAAUAAGAAACAGAACAAAAAGGAAGAAAAUAAAAAAGGAGGGAAGGAAAGCAAGAAAAGUAGUAAAACGAGAGAGAAGAAAGAGGAAAAUCAGCAUAAAACUGAGAAGAGGAAAAAGGAAAAUGUAGAUUAUAAAAUCAUGAGAAACAUGAGAGAAAACAACAGGAAAGGAAAUAGGAAGCAAAAAGAGACGACAACGAAGAAGAAGAAGAAGCGUGAAGAAGAAGAAGGUGAAGUAGAGGAAGGGAAGGCUAACAGAAGAGAGAAAGAGAACAAAGAUAAAAUAUACGCACACAGAAUCGAGAAAAAUAGAAAAAAUAUGACAGAAAAAACUGCUAAGGACACCCUAGAAGGUAAUGCUUCGAGACAAAGUAAGGCUAAGAAAAGGCUGAAGCACAAGGUAGUGCAGAAGAGGAACAGGAAAGAAAAGGUUAAACAGAACGCGAGAAGGAACACCAUGAAGGGAAAAGGACGAUACAGGAAAGUGAAACGGGCAUGGGUGUCCGCAGAGAGUGCUUGGGACACCAGCCCCUUCCUCCUGUGGGACCCCACACGGGACUCGGACCCCACACUGGACUUGGACCCCACAGAGGGCUCGGACCUCGUGGGUACACCAGGUGAGGGCCAGAGUCAGACCACGUGGCACCGUCACCAGCCACACGACGCCGGGCAGGUGCACGACAGGGGGCACACCUGGGCGCUGGCACUCUGGCAUCCAAAACUGAAUCACGAGGUCGAGGGUGGGAGAGUAGCGGUGUACCCAGGAGUCGGCCAUCUCCUUUCCCCUCUCUCCCACUCCUUCUCAUCCCUUCCUUACCCCUCACAUCCACAUCUCCCACACACCCCUCACUACUCCUACUCUUCCUACCUCUCACAGGCUCCCCUCCUUCCCCCUCCCUACCUCUCCCCCUGGCUCCUCUCCUCUCCUGCGAGAAGUGACCCCCCCACCACCCCUGUGUCUCCCCCCACUUCAUCAACGCCUCUAUUUGUCUAUCCGCCUUCAGCUGUCACGCCUCUCUCCUCACCUUUCCUCUCUUCUUCACACUCGUCUGCCUUCUCAUUCUCCUUUUCUUCCUCCUCCUCAGCUUCAAAAUUCUCUUCAUCUUCCUAUUACUCACCUGCCUCAUCGUCUUCCUUAGUCCCCCCACCCUCGCCCACCCACUCCCACCCAGACCCACCCACGCCCACCCACACCCACCCUAACCAACCCACGACCAACCACGUCCAAACAAACCCACACUUACGGACUCAUACUCAUCUACCCACGACAGUCCAAGCCAGCUUACCCAUCUACGCCAUGAAAGGGUUAAGCAUUGUCUGCUUAACCCUCCAUACCGGGGAGCUGGAGUGCUGGCCCAUAGAUGGCACUGACAUCGGUACUCCUCACGCCGACGAUGGUGUCGAUAGCGUAACAAUCCCUGCAACCACCGCAGGUCAUUGUGGGAAGAUUCGCCCCGUCGGGUGUGCCCAUGGAGGUAGUCCGGAGCCCCGUCGGGUGUGCCCAUGGAGGUAG